UGGAAGAACAGUGGGCUUUUUGAUUGGCUACGACUCUGGCGAGAGUUAGACGACGAGAAAAUUGUGGGAAAACUAUUUUUUCAAAGUCUCCGAGCUUUAAAAAAUUACCUGCCCAUUUUUUUCUCUAUAAGAAGGGUGUUCCAGAAACCCAUGUAUUUUCCCCUUCUUUGUUUAUGAAAAAGAUAAGAGAAGGGGGGGUUUUUGAUUAAUCUUUGGAGGGUUUUGUUUUCAUGGGAGAGUUUUGACCUUUUCUUUUUGAAGAAAGAGCCUUCUUGACAUAUAUAUAUAUAUUUUUUAUUUUUUACUUUUAUUUUUAUCUGGUUAGAGAAGGCUCUGGUUUGGGUGAAAAGAAGAAAAUCCUUUUGUGUUUUCUUGGGUUUUUUUUUUUUUUUUUUUCUUUUGAUAGAAUGAUCAGAUUGUGGAUAUUAGCACUGCAAUUUGCGGAGCUGUUUUUGAGUUCUGUGGUUCAUUUGCUAUAUGGGUUUUACAUAUUCAGCUCAGCUGUGGCCGGUGAUCUUUCUCAGACUCUGAAUGAAAUGUUUUUCAAGCCUAAUAUAAUUAUGGAGGUGAAAGAGGAUGUUCCUAAAGACAAAGCAACCAAUGUUGACGAUCUGCCUCCUAUUGUUUUGGUCCACGGAAUUUUUGGAUUUGGCAAAGGGAAAUUGGGAGGUUUGUCGUAUUUCGCUGGGGCAGAGAAAAAAGACGAAAGGGUUCUCGUGCCUGAUUUGGGGUCUUUAACCAGUAUUUAUGAUAGGGCUCGUGAAUUAUUUUAUUAUUUAAAAGGUGGGCAAGUGGAUUAUGGAGAAGAACACAGCAAAGCUUUUGGGCAUUCACAGUUCGGCCGGGUUUACGAACAAGGGCACUACCCUGAAUGGGAUGAGGAUCACCCUAUUCACUUCGUUGGGCAUUCGGCUGGAGCACAGGUUGUACGUGUGCUGCAGCAAAUGCUUGCCGAUAAGGCAUUCAAAGGCUAUGAGAACACCAAUGAAAACUGGGUAUUGAGCAUAACUUCCUUAUCCGGAGCAUUCAAUGGGACUACGAGAACCUACUUAGAUGGCAUGCAUCCAGAAGAUGGGAGAACUAUGAAGUCUAUAUGUCUGCUGCAGCUGUGCCGCCUUGGUGUGAUAAUUUAUGAUUGGUUCGACAUUUCCUGGCUGAAGGCGUAUUACAACUUCGGUUUCGACCACUUUAACAUGUCUUGGAAGAAAGCCGGUAUAUGGGGUCUUCUUGAUUGCUUAAUGGGAAAUGCAGGUCCAUUCGCUUCAGGAGAUUGGAUCCUCCCAGACCUUACAAUUCAAGGGUCCAUCGGACUGAACACUCAUCUUCGUACAUUUCCCAACACCUACUAUUUCAGCUAUGCUACCAAGCGUACUAGGAAGAUUUUGGGUGUCACAGUUCCUUCUGGUCUAUUUGGAAUCCAUCCGUUGCUUUUCAUUAGGGUACUACAGAUGAGCCAAUGGCGUCAUCCUCCAGAUGUAUCUCCUCCUUAUAAAGGCUACAGGGAUGAAGACUGGCAGGACAAUGAUGGAGCACUCAAUACCAUAUCUAUGACUCAUCCUCGUCUCCCAUUUGAACACCCUAGCCGCUUUGUUAAAAAUGAUUCAGACUGCCAACCCUUGGAACCGGGUAUCUGGUACUACAAGAUUGUGGAAGGUGAUCACAUACUAUUCAUUGUAAAUCGAGAGAGAGCAGGAGUCCAAUUUGAUCUUAUAUACGACAGCAUUUUUGAACGCUGCAGAAAACAUGUAUUUAGGAAAACUCCACCGACAUUACCCAAUCAAACCCUCCAGUAGCUUAGCAUCUGCUUCAUCUCGCUUACACCCAACAACUAGAAUUGUGAUUUGAAAAAAAAAAGCAAAUUAAAUUGCGAUAUGACACGUCCAUCCUCGAUGUAAAUAUUGAUUAUUGAUACCCUUUUCCUUGUUUUUCUUCUCUCUUUAUCUUGCCUCCUACCCCCUCAGCUAUCACAAGUCUAGUUUUAGCCUUCAGAGAGAUAUAGAGGCUUAGCUUUGAUAGCGUUAUACAUGAUCAGGCCCCUUUUAGGUUUUAAGAAAAAGUUUAAAGGAUGUAUUUUGUAAAACAGAAAAUAUCAUUUUAUGUUCCUCUU